CUGACGUCCCUCAUGACGCGCAAGAGGGCGCCGCGGCGCUCUGCAGGAAAAGCGCUUUUUCGGGCUCCGAAGCCGAGCAAUAGUUGCUAAAAACGGCAAAUAGGCGCGAAGGACGAAGCAGGCACUCUCUUCGCUCCUUUGAAACGAAAGCUGAGGAGCGCCUCCGCGUUGCCUUAAGAGAUUGCAGGAGGCGGGGUAGGUGCUGGAAUGGAGGCUCGGAGUUGGCAGGACUGAGUACUGCUGACAAGUGAUUGUAGUGACUAGAAGAUGGAAGCUGCUUUGGUAGAGGAAGAAGAGGAUUGCCCUGAGCUGAUUCCAAUAAGAGAACCAGAGAUAAAAGAAAGUGAUAUUCAAUCUAGCAAGGCUCGUAAGAUUCCCGUUACUAUUAUCACAGGAUAUUUAGGUGCUGGGAAAACUACUCUUCUUAAUUAUAUUUUGACUGAACAGCACAAAAAAAGAAUAGCAGUUAUUCUAAAUGAAUUUGGUGAAGGAAGUGCCUUGGAGAAAUCUUUGGCUGUGAGUCAAGGUGGAGAACUCUAUGAGGAAUGGCUGGAGCUUAGAAAUGGUUGUCUCUGCUGUUCUGUAAAGGACAAUGGAUUGAAAGCUAUUGAGAAUUUGAUGCAGAAGAAAGGCAAGUUUGAUUACAUCUUGCUAGAGACAACAGGAUUGGCAGACCCAGGUGCAGUUGCCUCCAUGUUUUGGGUUGAUGCUGAAUUAGGAAGUGAUAUUUAUCUUGAUGGUAUUGUAUCUGUUGUUGAUGCAAAGUAUGGACUGCAGCAUCUGAGAGAAGAAAAACCCAGCGGCCUCAUCAAUGAAGCAGCCAGACAGAUUGCACUAGCAGAUUUUGUAAUCAUCAAUAAGAUUGAUUUGGUUUCACAAGAAGCAUUGAUGAAACUGAGAACAGUUGUCAGGUCAAUUAAUGGACUUGCCAAAAUUUUAGAAACUCGUCGAUCAAGAGUUGAUCUCUGUGAUGUCUUAGAUCUCCACGCUUUUGAUAGCAUGUCAGGAGAAAGUUUGCAGCAGAGACUUCAGCUUGAGGAAGUGCCUCAUCCACACCUAGAUAAGAGCAUUGUCACAUCAACGUUUGAAGUACUAGGAAGUGCAAUGGAAGAAGACCUAAAUGUGUUUGUUCAAAAUCUGCUGUGGGAGAAGAACAUCAAAGACAAGAGAGGUAACCCCAUGGAAGUCAUAAGACUCAAGGGGCUUGUGUCUAUCGAAGACAAGCCUCACCAGGUGAUAGUUCAAGGUGUUCAUGAACUGUACGACCUAGAGGAAACUACUGUCCGAUGGAAAGAGGAUGAUGAACGAACAAAUAGAUUGGUUUUAAUAGGGAGGAACUUGGAUAAAGAAAUUCUUAAAGAUAUCUUUAUAGCAACUGUGAUAAGGAGAGAGCAGAACGGUUGAUAUUAUCUUCCAAAGAAUAUAUCUUUUUGACUCUGCAUUUUUAAAUGGAUUUUGGAAACUUCUUGGAUCUCCUUUGUGUUUUAAAACAGCUGUUAAACAUGGAUUCCCCUGCAGUCAGCACAUUUUAUUGUUCCUCAUUAAAUGCAUUUAGCAAAAUUGU